AUGGCAGCACAACAGGACAUGGAGGCGCUCCUGCGCGAGCUCAGCACCACCAGCGGCUCCAUUGCCGAGGCUGUUCGCUACGUCCACAAGUACCUGCAGUCGCCAGAGUGCCGGGGCACGGCAAUCGAUGUGUUCCCGCCGACGCAGCUAGCCCAUUCGAUCGGCAAGCUCUGCCGUUGCCGCGGCAUGAUUCAGGAGGUGCAGCCCGAGCUUCAUCUGUUCUGUGCGUCUCGCCAGAACUUCUUCUCGUCCAGUGGCGCACUGGAGGCGGCGGACGGGGAUGAGGUGCAGUACAUGGACGCGGUUUCGCUAUACGUGAUCCCUGUCCCCGGCAACCUGCACUUUUACGCCGCGGAUGAACCAUCGCGCACCUCCGGUGCCGCUCACGGGGGUACCCUCCGUAAGCGCAUCGACCGCGACGAGGACGCCCCGACGGGGGUUCCGACGAGCAGCACCGAGGAAGAGCGCAUCCGGAAGUGCGUCAGGCACACGACCAGCGAGAGCGACACCGUUACUGCAACGACACAGUCAUCACAUUUGUCCGCCUUUGGCCCGUCUUUGAACUUCCCACAUCCUUCGUGCAGCCACCAGCUUCAAGGUGCGUGUGUCGUCACGGCGCUGCUCCCGGCCGAGGAUGGUGCACGUCAGAAUCCGUUUCGCAUUAAUGAUGUGAUGGAUUUCUAUGGUUACCAGCACUUCCCCGACGACCAACUCCAGGUGAACGCCGUUGACGACUUCGAGCGCUUUAGUGCAUGGAAUGCCACAGAAUUGUCAAGAGGCCUUGUAAGCAGACUCCUCUGCCUCUCCUACACACCGGUGAGCUCCCUUCAGGUGCGACACCACAUAGCGACUCCGCCGCUCAUCGCGUCGCCCAUGACAGAAGCCCGCACAAACGCCAUAGCAUACCUUACAGGCACACUGACCAAAGGUGACGCCCUGACAGCAGAGUACUUGCUUCUUCAUCUGUGCGCAAGAGUGAUCAUGCACAGCGCAUCGAUGCCUGUCGGCGACCUCCCACUGCUGAUCAGUUCUCCUCAGCUGGUUGCAGCGGAGUGGUCGGCGCAGCUGCGUGAGAUCGUGCCUGUGGCAGAGAUUCUACUCACAGGCGAGGUACUGCGGGCGCUUCCGCACGGCCGUGUCACCCCAAAGUACAACAACGAGCUUAAUUAUCUUGAGACGGGUGUGUUGCAGGUAGCCAACGGCACGCACGUCACGAUAGACUGCGCGUCGCUAGACUCACGCGAUGAGGCGUGGUACGAGGGGAUGUUUGCGCUGAUUCACAAGCAGCAACUGUUGCUCGAGUACCCUUAUCAGACAUUGGAACUGCCAGUCGACGUCUCCACGCUGGCGGUGGACGGCAGAGAUGCACCAGAAGCCGUGCACCCGCUUUUUCGUUUUGCCAUGAGUCUACGCUGGAGCCCUGACCAGAGGUUACCCCCUCAGGAGGCUGCCCAGACGCACCAGGUAGGCAGCGCUGCGGUGCGAGAUUAUCUCGACGCUGUCCGCUGCCUUGACGCACCGUCGCCGGUGGACGACACAUUAUCGGACAGGGCGUCACGCGCGCUUUUCGAGAUGUCCAGAAACUUGCCAGGGUGGAAUAACCGAGAUCCACUGCUACACAACAAUUCCUUUUCAGUUGCGAUGGCGCUCAUGCGGUCACACGCGGCGAGUCACGGACGCCGCGACGUCGGUGCGGAGGAUAUUGCCGCUGUCUGUGUGCUCGAGCGGGCGCGCAUGGAACGCCUCCGUGCGAACUCACUCUCGAUGCUUCCAACGGCAUCCCCAGCCGGUGAGUAG